UUUGUGGAGCGCGCGCUCACGGUGAUGCGGCCCGGCGCCGACCGCAUCGCGCGGCCAACCCCCCCCGUAGCAUCACUCCGCGCCUCAGACCGCGACGACGACGACGACAUGUUGACGGUCAGGCGGCUCCUGGCCCGUGGACGCCCGGGAUUCUGCUUGACACACACGGCUGCAGCAGCAGUAAAGAAUGAACCUAUCCUUGAAUUCAAACCGGGAAGCUCAGAACGGCAAGCUCUGCAGAAGGCUCUGAAUGAUUUGAAGGGAAGAACACUCGAGAUCCCAUGUGUUAUUGGGGGAGAACAUGUCUGGACUAAAGAGAUACGAUACCAGCUAUGUCCAUUUAACCAUUCGCACAAGAUAGCCAAAUUCUGCUAUGCUGACAAGGAAUUAGUUAACAAAGCAAUUAAUGCGGCGCUGUCUGCUCACAGAGAAUGGGAUCUCAAACCCGUCGAGGAUCGAGCUCAAAUAUUUUUCAAAGCGGCUGACCUGAUCAGUGGGUCAAGACGUGCAGACCUGUUGGCUAGAACCAUGGUUGGCCAGGGUAAAACAGUCAUUCAAGCAGAGAUUGAUGCAGCAGCAGAACUAAUUGACUUCUUUCGAUUCAAUGCCAAAUACGCUUUGGAACUUCAGCAUCAACAACCAAUCAGUGAAUCGCCAAGCACCAACAAAACUCUGUACAGGAGUUUAGAGGGCUUUGUAGCAGCUAUUUCGCCUUUUAACUUCACUGCAAUCGGUGGGAAUCUGGCAGGAGCUCCAGCUCUUAUGGGUAACGUGGUGGUCUGGAAACCCAGUGACACGGCUAUGGCUGCUAGUUAUAAAGUGUACGAAAUACUACUUGAAGCCGGACUUCCGCCGAAUGUCAUUCAGUUUGUCCCAGCUGAUGGGCCGUUAUUUGGCGAAACAAUUUUGGAUUCUGAGCAUUUAGCAGGAAUCAACUUCACUGGCAGUGUCCCAACAUUUAAGUAUCUUUGGAAGCAGGCUUCUGCAAGCCUGGAAAAGUACCGUAGCUUUCCUCGUAUAAUUGGAGAAUGUGGCGGGAAAAACUACCAUUUUGUGCAUAAAUCAGCUGAUAUUACCAGUGUAGUAAAUGGUACAAUUCGUUCUGCUUUUGAAUACGGAGGGCAGAAAUGUUCAGCGUGCUCAAGGAUGUAUGUGCCUGAUACACUGUGGCCUGAAAUUAAAAAGAGUCUCCAGGAUGAGCAAAAGAAAAUAAAAGUAGGAAAUCCAGUCGAUGACUUCGAAACAUUCUUUUCAGCAGUCAUUGAUAACAAGUCUUUUGCUCGAAUAAAGAAAUGGCUGGAGCAUGUAGAAUCCUCCCCAAAUUUAACAGUAAUUGCAGGGGGGAAAUGUGAUGAUAAAGUUGGUUAUUAUGUGCAGCCAUCAAUUAUAGAGACAAAAGACCCACUGGAUCCUAUAAUGAAAGAGGAAAUCUUUGGACCCAUCGUGGCUGUGUAUGUUUAUCCAGCUGAUCAGUACCAGGAAAUUCUUCACUUGAUUGACACAAGUACCCCUUAUGGUCUCACAGGUGCAAUUUUUGCACAAGAUAAAAAUGUUAUAGCUGAAGCAAGUAAAGUUCUGCGAUUCUCUGCUGGGAACUUCUACAUCAAUGAUAAGUCGACUGGCUCGGUUGUGGCACAGCAACCAUUUGGAGGAGCUCGUAUCUCUGGAACAAAUGACAAGGCUGGAGGACCCCACUACAUCCUUCGUUGGACAUCACCUCAAUCUGUGAAGGAAACACAUGUUCCAUUGACGACAUGGAGAUACCCAUAUAUGGGAUAGUUAACCAAAAUAUUAUAUCAAAGUGCUCCACUAAGCAUUGUUACAGUGUGAUACUUCCAGCUGCUAAACUACUGCCAGAGGUUUAUUUGGGAAGUAGUCCGUCCAUAAUACUUUCUGAAUACUGUGUGGCUGAAUUCUCGUGUCUGCUUCGUUCAUGGUCCGAAGAAACAACAGGAGUAGAAGACUAGAGAUCAACCGAGGACAACUUUUAAACUAUUUUAAUUUUUUUAAGAAAUUCUGUAUUCAGAGUUUAUUAUUUUACGACUAAGAAGUGUAAUCAAUGGCACUGAUACAGCAAGAUUUUUAUUAGAAAGAAUUCUCUGCAAAUAAUUAUUAUUUGACAAAAGAUAUGUUUCAUUUUAAUCUCACUACUUCUGCCUAACUACUCAAAACAAAAUCACUAUCUUCCAAAAUUAUAAAUGCUUAAUCUAAAGCUGAAUUUAAAUUGCACUGAAGGAGAUGCAUUUGUUCAGACGAUAAGACAUUCAGUGAAUCACCAGGAUUGUUGAUGUGGUUGUGAAGAAAAGCUAGCAAUCUGCUGGCUUUGAAAUGUUGUCAUUUUCUGCAGUGGAUUGUUUUAACCAGAAUUUUGUUUUAUAUUUGUAGUUCUGUGCAAUAAUCAGAGCAGUCUGUGAAAUCAGAAUGGAGGAGUGUAUGGAAAUGAGUGUUUUUAAUUGGUUCAUCUUAUGCCUUAUUAGGAAUGUCGAAAAAACUAUCAAAAAUAUGACUGCAGAAAAAUUUGUUACUAACUGUAUCUAGAUGAUGAUUCAGAAUUUAACGAUUGGGGAAAUUAUAAAUGUGAACGUCACUGAGAGAACAUGUUCUGAACUUUGUGAAAAUGACUGUGUUGGACUGUGUAGCUAAUCAGCUGUUGACUUAUUUUGACUGAUGGAUGAAAUUAAAUAUAUGUGGAAAACUC